AGCGCCGGGAACGAGCACCGCCCGGGCUGGAGCGGACGGCUUCAGAAGAGCCUAGCUGCUGCGCGCGUCUGAGAGGCUCCUGGGAAACUCCCACGGCCCAGGGACUUUCGAAAGCAGAGCGAGGAGCCCUCGCACGCGCUAGUCUGCGAGUGAGCGCUCAGCCCGGCACCUGUUCCUCCAGCGCCGCCGCCUUCCCACCCCUCGGACCCGCGCCGCUUGCGGCGCCCGCCCGUUCCUGCGAUGAAUCCGGCCCUGGGCAACCAGACCGACGUGGCGGGCCUGUUCCUGGCCAACAGCAGCGAGGCGCUGGAGCGAGCCGUGCGCUGCUGCACCCAGGCGUCCGUGGUGACCGACGACGGCUUCGCGGAAGGAGGCCCGGACGAGCGCAGCCUGUACAUAAUGCGCGUGGUGCAGAUCGCCGUCAUGUGCGUGCUCUCACUCACCGUGGUCUUCGGCAUCUUCUUCCUUGGCUGCAAUCUGCUCAUCAAGUCCGAGGGCAUGAUCAACUUCCUCGUGAAGGACCGGAGACCGUCUAAGGAGGUGGAGGCGGUGGUCGUGGGGCCCUACUGACCCGCCCUCUCCCCCGCGGCAACCGCUCCCACGCCUGCCCACUUUGCCAGCCCGGCUGUGCCCCUCACUAUCAGAGACUGGGCGAAGCAAACCUGUCGGAGUCAAUUAUUUCUCUCGACUUCGGCCUUUCGGAAACAAGCGACCGGUUUCUCCCUCGCCCUCUGAAAGUCCUCAUGCCUGGCAGUCGGAGGAGAGCGCCCAGACUUCUGGACUCAGCAGAAAGUGGCAAGAAGAGGGCGAUUAGGGCGUAGAACUUUGGAAGCUGCUACUUACUUGGAAUGCGGGGAGACCGACGGGGCGAAGGCCCUUCUCCACCCGCAGGUGGGCCAAGCUCUGGGGGCAGGUGGAGAGGGCGGGCAGGGGAGAGAGCCAGAGGCACUGAUCGCCUUGUGACCGGAAGAGUGACCUGUUAAAAGCCACGCAGCAGACUCAUGGGGUCUCACAAAUCCGUGUCCGGGUGCCCUCCCACUCUUCUCCUGCUCCCCCCCCCCCCGCCCUGGAGGGGAGAGGCGAUAAAUACCUUUGAUUGUAACGUGCCGUUUUAAGAGGUUUUGUGUUUGUUUGCUUGAAUACAAAUGUUUGAUAAGUCUUUUUCUGCCCCAGUGGCCUGUUUGCCUGCCUGAGGAGUUAGAGUUUUGUCAUUGUGGGAGAAGGGGUGGGGGGAGGGGAAGCCUGCGAAUUUGAACGGGGCGAGUUGUUUCUUUUAGUGCAUUUCCCACUGGGUCUUUUGGGAGGUGUCUGGCGUUCCUGCUGGCCCUGGGACAAAGACCCAGAAUAGAACUCGUAGCUCGUGACUGCACGGUUUACGCCACAAAAGUGCUCUUGACAUCCGUGACACCGUUUUGACUUUUUGUUUUUUUCUUAACAUUUCCUUAAUAAAUGCAACAUUUAAGCGUUU